CACUAACAAGGGAAUGGUGAAGAAGCCAGCGUUUGUAAGACGGCUGAUUGGAAGGAGUUUUAUAAGAGGUGGGAGGGGGCGGGGGGGGGUAGCACUAGUAGAAUAAUGUAUCCAUCUUAAAGCAAGAAUCCGGCUAAAAACUAAAAUUAUAUAUUUGAAAUAUUCAUUAAAUGUUGAUUAUCGGUGUGUCUGUUUGUGGCUCUCGGUUUGGGACCUUUUACAGUCACCCCUAUUUUUUUUUAUUUUUUUUUUGUAGUCACCUUAUAGCAGCAACGCCCUCUGGCUAUUCGUCGCAGGGAGGUCAUGGUGAGGUCUCGAGGGGAAGACACGGCGGCUCACGAAGAGGACCCGCUGGGCGCCGAGGACUGGCCUGACGAGGCGCGCCAGCCCGACCGAAAGAGGCCCAGGCUGGAUUCGAGAUCUAGCAACCUGGCGAACGACAUCUCGGAUGGCGCUCGCUCCGACUCGUCCUCGUCCGGUGGCCAGGGCGGCGGCGCAACGAGCGACUCGCCCCCGCCUCCGCCCAUGGCGUCGCCAGAUGGCGCCACCCGACGGCGGCCGCCCCCGAGCGCCGCCGGUGCUGCCCCUACCGGCGGGAGGCGGCGGCGCAGCGCCCUCUCGGCCCGGGAGCGCAACCUGCGGCGCCUCGAGAGCAACGAGCGAGAGCGCAUGCGCAUGCACUCGCUCAACGACGCCUUCCAGGCAUUACGCGAGGUGAUCCCUCACGUGGCCAUGGAGCGCAAACUAUCCAAGAUCGAGACGCUCACGCUGGCCAAGAACUACAUCAUGGCGCUCACGAAUGUCAUCUGUGACAUACGCGGCGACCCCAAGCCGUACCAGUUCUGCCCAGCCGAGCUUCCGCUGCACGAUGACGAAGAGGACGACAUCGACGAAGACGACCUCAAGGAGGACGACCUAUCUGUCAGCGACGGUGGCGCCCCCUGAGCGCCCUUGCACCGCCGCUGUCGCCACGGCCACCACUACCACCAGUCAUCGCAACCGAGCCGCCGCCGCCUCCAAGCCAAAAGAAGCCAAGCCAAGCCACUACGUUGAGUCACGCCACCGCUGCUUGCUAAGGGUGUCCGGGACAUCGCGAGGGUUGGACUUUGUCGCGACGGCGGCCAUCCGACAGUGUCACUCUUGUUCUUCUAGUAGGCAAAUCUCGCUAUGCAUCGUUCACCGCUGCUGUGCGGACCUCUGUAGAGGAUGCACUUGACGAGGCACCUUAGUUGGGGCGCCAUCUGGUUUCACUGGCGGCAAACUCUGGAAACACCCCUGGUUCGUUGUAUUCCGCGCUUCAGAUUAACUUGUCGUCUGGUAAGGCUGUGGGGUGGCAGACGACAAAGUCGCGUACUGGGCGCCGCUUAUUACGUGCGUGGGCGUGGACUCGUCUCGCUGGCGAAACUCUCGUCUGUUUAACUGCAGAAUCCGCGGCUUAAACCCGCCCAGUAGUAGUCGUGUCUUUGGUGAUCGCGCAAGUUAGUGCAGUGUGGGACACCUUAAUAAGCGCGUGAUGGUUUCAGUAAGGGAGACGUCGCUGAGAAUCCGGACGUCAGGAAACCUCUCCAGUUAUACACCGGUUCUGAAGGAAAUAUUUCGUUUUUGCUUCGAGCCAGACGUUGUGAAACCGCAUUGUGGGAACUUUAUACCGGAUGGUUGUUAGUGCGCCGAGUACUGUGUUUCGUCAGCCAGUGUUGUGGACUGAGCAGUUAAAAGCCUUUGAGGCUCCUGUCGAAGGGUUCACAAGUGCAUCUUUCCUACGCAGCAGUGGUGUUCUGGAACGUGGUCUCAGCAAAGGAACUCGACAUUCGAUGAGCUCCGAACUCUGGCGUCGCUGUAUUUAUUAUGUUGUGAGAUGUUCAUACCGUGGAACGCGGUGAGCGAUGCCGGGAUAUUGAUUGUUGUAAGUUUUUUUUCCCCUAUCAAUGGUUGUUAGGCGCGAAGAGUAUUUACGAAGGCCGAAAUCGUUUAUCUCGCCCAACAGAUACAUAACGCUGAAUAUAGAAGUCAUGUGUUUUUUUUUUUUUCCUUCGUCAUAAAGCCUUGAUUGUGAAAUAACAAGGUUGCCAUUGUUAACGACAGGCAGUCGUGCAUGUGAGUGUAGCAGUUAGUUUUUUUUUUUUUUUGUAGGCUGAUUGAUUUCACUAUUUUUUUUUUUUUCGGGAAGCUGCAGCUAUUGACGCAUCUCAUUUUCCGGGCUGAUCGUUCCAACUGCUUUCCUCAACGGAUGUAUCCGGUGACGUAAGCACGCGUGCAGAAUAAUGACAUGAUCGAAUGUAUUGAACAAGCAGAUGUCAAGACAGCGUUCUCUCGCCUGUAAAUAGAAAUUCGUAUUUCUUUUCUUUUUUUACCUCACGAGAUCAUACGUGUCGCGGAAUUUAGGUCGUGUAUGCACUCUUGGUGGCUCAAGGUUCAUGGUGCCAACAUAUAUGUAUUUCUGAAGAGUAUGCGUCGGGGACAACCGGAGGUUCCUCUUUUUAUCUUAUCACGAUCGCCUUUUUUUUUUGUUCGCGUUCUUAGUGUGUCUCUUGAAUUUUCUUUAUUAUCGCAAAACCUGCCUGAACAAUCAACCAAACGAAGCGUUCGCACAAUUUCAGGAGCACGGGUCCAAAAGUAGCCGUAGUGAAAAUUAUCACGCCGCAUAAAGCGCGUUUGUGUGAAUCAAGUUGAAAAAAUGAAAUACCAUCUGCUUGCCUCGUGUAGCCGUUGCUGCUGUAAAGGAAGUUUCCUGAACAGUUAUCUAUACCCCGUUGACGAUCCCAUCCCCAUCUCUUCCCAGCUUUUGUCUUCCACCAAUACUCAAAACGUGUCUCGUUUAUCUCGACCACUGGCCAGUUGACAACCAUCAGGUUCAAAACCCUAUUGAUUUUGGAGGGUGGACAGUCCCUGUGUCGCCCCUGCUGGAUCGCGCCUUCGCAUUUCGUUACAACGUAAUAAGUCGUUUCCAGAUUAUUGUAACCUUUCUUUAUUUUUUGCAGCAGAUGCGUCAUGAGUGGCCUUGUUGCAAAUAUUUGUUCCUGCAUGUUUUUUUUGUUUUUUUUUCUAUUCCGUCAGCCAGCUCGGGCAUAAAAAAAGUCAAGGCACUAAUCUUAAUCUUAUCGUACAAAUUUUCUUUCCCGAUUUCUUGCUCGCUGAUGUCGAUAAGCUGAAAGAUCGUAGCGCCAGAGUAAUUUUUUUUUUAUCUUAGGCUCUAGGAGCUGCCAUAAGCAGGCAUCGUCAUCGACCCAGCCUAUAUCGGGCGACGUCGCUUCUUCAGUUUCGAGUCGAUGUGUUCGAUCGCGCGUCGAUGCGCGACGAUCAUGUCGAUGAGGCCGUACGGCUCGGCUCACCCUCCACAAUUGUCGCGUUUAUUUUUGGCUCCACGUCGGCAAGCGUUCGUGACUGCUUUCGAUAGUACACGACAGAGGGGAAGAUGUUAUUUUUCUACUUGAUAAAAAAAAGAAGCCCUGUACAGUUUCCUUUUUUGCUGUUGUUGUCGUUGUGUACAAGAACAUUCUCCGAGCGAGGAGAGAAUGUUGUUGCAGUAAUCAGCGCUAGCAUGCGCACGCUUGAGUGUCUGGGACAAGUGUCGUGCAUAUUCAUUUUUUUUUAUCUCUCUCUUCAUCAUCCUUACUUUCGUUCACCACGUUUCCGGACUGCGAAAGAUUUUUAAAGCGACAAUUGCUUCGCGUCCGAUAUUGUUUUGCCUUGGGGACUCAGUGUUUCCUUUAUUUUUUUUUUUCCUUGCUCUAGUUUCACUUUUUUGAAGUUUGCUGUGAAACCUAUCGGUGGCGCCCUCUUCGAAGAGUGUCGUACGGCAUUCGCUGGGGUGUUUCCAGAGGCCGACAGAAACAGUUGAAAGCAUGCAGUGCGGAUGUCUCCAUUUUCUUUACGUGACAACGCCACGCCCAGUUUGCUUUGUUCGAGAAUGUCCAGGCCAAGUGGUAUCGGAAAAAGGUGCGAGAAGAUGGGGCCGUUCCCUUAACAACGGUUCUAAGUUAUUGCUUUUUCUUUUUUCUUUUUAUUGACAUAUACUCACUACUGCGUCACUAGAUUUCGAAGGGCACCUUGCCGAACAUUGAUGACUAUCGAUGGUAUCUUUUAUUGUCAUGCAGCCGGUCGUCGCUGGACAUUUGUUUGCUGUGUGCGGUGAUGAUUCUGUGAACACAAAACGUUCGGAGCUUUUUAUUUUGUUUACGGGAUGCCUGAGGUGAUGCGAGAUGAUGAUGAGGAUGUUGUUUCCUGUGCCAACGUGUGUUUGAGGGAUUGUCGAGUUGUUUGGGAAGGAGAAUUUGAGUGAAUGUAGUUACAUUAACUAAGAGUGAGCCCAAGAGAGUAUUGGAACGGUCCCUAAGAUGGCGCUGACAUAAGACCAGCUGCUGCGGAGCAGACGACUCUCGAUGCUUAACCGAGAGGCUGUCUUUUUAGUUAAACGAAUGCGCCAGAUUUCCCGCAGGCUAUACCAUGACGGCUCGUUUCGCUAGCCGCCGUUUUCUUGGUCUUGACAGAUGACGUAAGGCUAUGCGCUCUGUAGCAGACGGCACGCACUUCUUUAACAACCGUGACCCAGCUGUUCCAGAAGUGUGUGCCUAUGACCGCAGACGAACACAGUCUUCUGGUCCUACUGACGUGCAGACGUAUAGGCCUCGACCUUCCCGCUUGACCUCGGCUGACUUUGGCAAGUUGUGCUGACGUCACGUUUCUGAGGCAUCCGCACUGCGCGCUUUGGUGCUGACGCCGCUGUUCUCUGCGCACAGAGUGCAGCGUGCAUGGCUCUCCGAUUUGCCACCACCGCCGAAACGUCUUUGCAAUGGCGUGCUGCCGAUGUUAUCGUUCGCUUUCGGCAAUCAAAUCUCUGUCGUCUGCGAGGGAACCGAAUUUUAUUAUACCACGGGGCUGACUGACAAUCGACGCCACUCGGGGGAGCCGCUCACGUACGCGCGUGCGCACGCUACUCGGAAAGUUACGUCAGUGAAAGGACUGUGCAUAGUUAGUUCCUGUGGUCUCUCAAGCAUUUUUGCUCUUGUUUCAGUUGUUCUCCUCUUUUUUCUUUUCUUUUUUCUCAGUCUUUGUUUCGCCGCGCAUUCAGCGUGGUGUGCUCGUGUCGUCUCAGGUUGCGUCGCUCUGUGUUAACGUGAGUGUUGUAUAUUACUCGAUUGGUGUGAAAGCUGUGACUAUGCAAGUUUAGCUUUGCUGCUCCGCCCCCUCUCCCGCGCCCCCUUGCCCCCUUUUCCCUCCGCCAUCCACUCCGAUGCUUCCAGUCAGUCGUCCAUACUCUCGCUUAUGCAGGCAUCCAAGGGCCUAACCUACCGUAUUUAGUCGUAGCAGUGUUGUGUACCGGUUUAAACCUUGGCACACUAUCGUAAAAUGUAGGUGUUCUCUCCGAGCGGCGCGCCUAGAUCCCGCCUAGCAGCGACGGAUUCGGACAUGGCACAAGUUGGUUAACGCUCCUCGUCGGAACAUAGCGGGCUUAUUGCAUGCGAUGUUCAAGCAUGUGCUACGUCCAUUCCAAGAUGCGGGGUUAAAAAAAGAAAGUUCCAAGGCACACACACACGCCGUAGACGUUCCGUUUGACUGCCACGCGCAGUUGCGCAUUCGCUGGUCAUCGCGAAGUAAGAGAGCACAGCCGCCACUCUGGUGAACUUUUUCAUAAAGUCGGGUCGAAUGCAACUGCCACGGCGAGACCUCCAACUGCAUGUUGCAAGAAUUCGCUCGUGUGGAGAAAAACUUGCCACAACUCUGCGGCGUCUCUUCACGGUGCCCCGAGCGAAACCUACUGGAGAGCUCGGAUGGUCUUCAGGGGACAAGGCGUCGUUGUUACCUCCGUAUUCUGGAACGUUCCUCCACUCCAAAGUGCACCUCGGCUCGGGAAAUCGGAUUGCAGCGUCACCCUUCGAGGACAGGGGUCACUACGCUUAAUUGACGCUCCACGGCAAUUAUUGUGAAGGGUAGUUUCUUAUCAAGUAGACGGGCUGCUGCUGUGCUAAACUCGGCGCAGUGGAGCAAGAGCUUCCGAAUUGAAGAACGCUUGAGAACACGAGGGUGUAAGCCUUCACUCAAACCCCUUCGCUCUCUGCCCGAGCAGUGACGCUCUCGGCCCUCAGGCAGAAUUUCAUGUUUGUUUUUCGAUCAAUGAUAGAUGAAGAGUAUGAACGCUGUAAGCAGGCAAAGACACCGGCCUGCCGUAACAUACUCGGUGGUAAGGUAUAGUUAGAAUUGUUUGCAACCGCCUGGCAGCCGCACUUCGGCAGAGGCGAGUAAGUGUGGGGCAUAAUUGGAAAGGAGUCCGCCUUGCUACCCUGCGAAGAGGAGAGGGGAGUGACCUCUGCGUGAAAGAGGUGACCAAACCGUGCUAAAUAAAGCACACGACUGUUCAAACCAUGUCUCGUGCCAACGUUGCUCCGUUUCAAACAUCGAUAGCUACUCGCCCUAAUGACACGUGCUCGUUCCCAUUAUCCUUACAAAACCCUCUUCCAAGACUAGAUGUCCUCCGACCUCCUCUGACGUCCAUUUCAUUCUUAUAUCGGCCCUACGCAUAGGAAAAGAAAAGAGUACCUGCUGACCUUCGUAUAUUGUGUCCGUCGUCCGUACGGUAUAGUUGGCGCAUGCGUACUGGCGACGUCGCGUCGAGUCGCAUGCCGGUAGUCUUGCUCCAUGUCCGCGCCCUUCGCGGUUGCCCGUAGUUGUAGACGUGGUGCAUACUGUUUUUUUCUUACGAUUCGGUUCUGUCCAUCACAUUCCGUCAUUCUUCCCGUGACCUGGCACAAGACAAAUCCCUCUCCGUCUUGCCGUCUUGUGGAAGGAUGUUUCCUGGCGCCAUCUGGCGCUCGCGCUGGUGUCCCGCUAAACCCCGUGAGAGAUGUUUAAAAAGAUGAAGUAGAUGUGCAGUGCACCUCGUAAGCCUCGUCCUCUGAUAACCUUUGUAGCCACGGUACCUAUCACGUGAUCUCCCACGCAUUCUUACAAAGCAAGCUGUUAUCAAAGUUCCGAUCUGUUAUUUACUUUUUUUUUCUUCGUUUCAGCCGCAUAAUUUAGCUCCUCUGGCUAGACGUUCAACAUCCGCAUAGAUGCCCGUGUAGCUUCCUUAACUACUUCCAGAAUUCGGUGAUAGUGUCAGUCUUGCGAAUGAGGGCACAGGCGCAGUUUCUGUUUUCUUGUUUUUCUGCUCAAUACAUUCCAUCUAUUGAUACUCUUCGCGGACGCGCCUUCCUUUUUUGGGGACGCUUUGUUUUGGAAGAAGCUGGACGCAAAGUAGUCGUAGCGGAGCUCCUGACGGAAAGAUGCGACAACGGCAGUGAGGUUUUUGCUUAGUAUCGAAUCGCGAAGCGCUCAUAAGCGUCAGCUAUAGCGGUGAGGUAUCCACGUUUUCAGAAACGAAGUCCCGUUCAAAGAUAAGAAUCGAUGAAGAGGAAGUCUCGGUCUUCAAGCCAGCUCGGUGUCAGCCAACCUUGCAUGAGCGUUGAUCGAUUGAUAUUGAAAUGACAGGAAUCUUUGGUGCCGGCUUUUUCAUCGACAUUUUGUGGUCAGAUGACGUGCGACGUUCAGGGAUUGAACAUUAGCGACACAGCUAAGUGCGGAAUCGUUCAGCGCGAGGGUAUGGUGAAACCAACGGAUACUAAGAAAGCAGGCUUCUCAUAUUGGACCAACAGCUCGCUGGAAAGGUUUACGAUUGUUCACGAGCAACUCAACGAUGGUUCUCGAGCAACUGUUGAGCGCUAGAAAUAUUUGAUUUGAUUUAUUUGACGACGUUGGAGAUGUUUGAAUGGCUUUUUAUUUCGUCGGUCUUUUUCCACAUUUGGUUGUCACAUGACAGUACAAGAAAAUGGCGUGAUAAAAAUAAACUGAGAAAGUGAGAAUUCCACUGGACUCAUUUACGAGACGUAGGCUUUGAAUUAGCAAUUUUUAGUGUGUCGAGAAUCAAAAAGGGUAGUAAAGAGAAAAAAAGAGUUAUCUUUGCUUUGACAGGUCUUCUAACGCAACGGUUACUAUAACCACAGUUAGAGUUUUAUUCGUUCUUAAGCCAGAGUUUACGUAGCUACCAUUUUGGCCCAUGGGCGACCAGUCUAGAAAUGGGCUCGUGCAAAAUGUUUUUUUUUAAUUCUAGGUAAUACACCAAUUGUUAAAUUCCUGUAGACACUAAUACAAGGCCUUAGCAUGCUAUGUGACAAUCGUAUAGAAUGCUUCUUUCAUAAAUAUUCUGUUCGACUACCAACCGGUCUCGCUAGAGAAGUUCUGGUGGAAAAUAUCCCAGCGACUCCUCUGUUUUUACGUUAACUAUUGAAAAAUAUAUAUAUAACGGAGACAAUGAGAAAUAUAACGAAGUGGUUUUUGUCAGGAUAGGUCACGCUUUUUAUGUUUUAUUUCAUUGUCCUGAAGCUCUAAUCUCAGGUGUUCGUUGUAGGUAACGUGCCAUUACUAUGGGUUCACAGAUUUGCCAGCUUCUGUCAACGCUUCCUUUCCCCGUAUUGUUCUCUGCGAAUCGGGCAGGGACGUCCUAUUGUUACUUUCAAUCUGGCGUUCACCUCUGUUUCUGGCACGCAAGGAAACCGCAGCUGUAGCAGCACAUUUAAACAAGCGUUAUACAAAAGAGAAUUACUUCGCGUGAGCGUCAUCCACAGUGAAAAAGACAAGGGAGACCCAAGACAGGGCACGAUAAAUCAACGAAGCCUAACUGCGUAUUUUUCGACGCGCAAGCGGGAACCUCCUCCAAACUUGCACACCAGUCCAGGUGCAUUCGUAGAGACUACCGUGUACUUUAAUUGUUUCUUAUUUCUCAAAGUUCGUUUGCAGGAAAGGGAUGCGCAAGAUCCCUCGCGUUAUGGUCAAGAAUGACACUGUGCCGGCCGAAUGGGAAGUCCCUUAGAAGCUACCGCUUGUUUCGCACAAGGCGCAUCGUGUACAAAUGAGAGAGAGAGAGAGAGAAAGAAACGUUUAUUGUACGAAACAGUGUCCCGAGCGAGGACGGGUAUCACCCUAAGGUGGGAAGGCUCCUUAGUCCAGGAACCCUCUGGCUUCGACUGCCCUCUUGGCCCUGGCGACGAGUUGUCGUUGGUCUUCCAGGUCCCCGAGGGUUAGCUUGGCCUCCCACUUUUCGAAUAGGUCGUUUGCUUCUAUUGCUCGUUUUGCGUGCGUCUCUGGUUGCAUUUCGCUGCCUUCCUGCCACGGGCAUUCCAGGAGCAAGUGUGCCAGAGUGUCGGGUACGUUGCAGAGCGGGCAGAGGUAUCCGUAGAGCGUCGGGUAGAGGCGAUGCAUUAUCAUUCCGUGCGUGUACGUAUUACUUUGCAGGCGUCUGAGGAUCAGGCUUUCUUCUCUGUCGAGUUUAGGGUGCGGUGGAGGGUGUACAAAUGACAAAAAAAAAGGAAAACGCCUUCGACAGUCGUGCGGAACUUUCUUUUUGUGGUCUCUGCAAACUGGGAUCUAGGUUACGUAGUAUAUGGCGGUAGUAGCAGGCCGUUUUACAUAGCGGCUGCGCAGCUGUGUUUUGUCAGGACUUUUGAUUUAGACGCAGCGCAGCGUACACUUGUCAGACGAGUUGUCCAUUGCGACUGCGAGCUUUGAAGUGAGACGGCAUCUAGUGGUCGGGCGACGUAGUAAGACCAGUGGGAUCCUCACGACGACCUGGUCCAGUACAACCGUCUAAGAGUUCGAACGUCAAUCACAGACAAACGCAGCCCCGAGAUGGCUGGCUCGACGCACCAUGUGAUGUGCCACCCUGGCGUGAAUCGAGUUCGGCGCUCGCUGAACGGCUCAGGGGACGCGGCAAGAUUUGAAAGGACCAAGCUCUGCAGGGAUUCUAGCUUUUAGUAAACAUGUUCUUUUUUUUUAUUGGGGGCAGUUGUCUUCGAGAAGGGUACACAGAUGAACACGAAAGGAACUAAACAUGGUGCCGUAGGAAGGUGUCCGAUUUCUUGACGAUUAAUCAUGAGACUAAUCACUGUCUGUCAGCUUUGACGUCUGUCAAUCACUUCGGCCAGUCGUGAAGCGGCUUCUUCGACCAACGUGUGUGGGUGCCCGCUUUGCUUGACAACCAAGCCAAUCAACGCAGUCACUUCAGCCCAGAGUCUAAUGUACGUCACCUCUGCCGUUCACCUCGUUGACAAUUCCUUCCUGAACCUCACUCAGAUCGUGUUCUCUACGUCGGUGUGCACUGAUUAUAUCCACGUAGAAUCUCUGUUUUAUCGUUGGGGACAGUGAAUUCUGUCAGCGAACUUCCAGCAGGGAUCGUUGUGCUGUACGCUAACUCUGCCCGUAUUUGUCCCGUUCUUCAAGUACUUGCCUUUGGCAAUCAGCAUAUCACGUCAGACGAGCAACAGUCUAAAAAAAGCAUUCUGUAAAUGCCGCCUUUGUGGGACCUACUCGCCGUAUUUUUCCUGAAUUCUACUCGUGUCGGUGUUCGGCGGUCGUAGCUGUAGCGUGUUUCCUCCCUCGCAGUCAGCGACGCAUUGUAGCCAGCUGUCGUUUGACGAAUCUUUCGGAGCGCAGCGCCGUAUUGUGACCGCAUCCUGUCACAACGCUAGCACACGCAAGAUGAGUCGCUCUUUUACCGAAAUGUUUCUGACGGCCGACAAAAAGCCUUCAAAUGAAAAUUUGGCAAUGCACGUACGUCAUUUUCUGAAAAAGUUGCGUUAAAGCAGUUUCGAAAUUUCUUUGAAUCAGAUAAAUGUCUAAGUGAGCUCCACUCUGCUACGACACAAUAUAGCCAGCACUUUACUCUCACGGUGCAGCAUCGGCUCAAGGAGCGCGUUUCUUUUUUUUUUUUUUCAUUAAACUACCUGAAACUCACCUAUAGAUCUGCGGAAAAUAAAUCUUCCAAAAUCUCGAAAUUUUGGGGAAUCUCUAUACAAGCAUAUAACAAAAGAAGUGUUAUCGUGGACGAAUGAAAACCAAAAAAUGGCGAAAUUCGUAUUAGGGCUAUAAAACAGGGAAUUUAUUUUCUCGAGCAGAAGAGGCGUUAGCAUACUUGACUUGAAGAACUUCGAAAACUUUCACUCCACUCAUUGCAGCGACUGUCAAAUUGGGCCCUCGGAUGAAGUACCCAUCGACAAAAUUCUUACAUUUAUUGUUCCCAUGAUUAAAUUUUCGUGCUCCUUUUUUUUUUAGGUGGUCCACGAUGGCACAAAAUGAGCCUGAACCUGAUUCUCGGAAACAAAACUUCCCAUUUGCAGAACGUUUCGCACUUGUCCGAGAUGUCGAAACUGGUACCGUCGUCUGAUUGGUACAGUUGCCAUCGAGCAAAGGAAAUUGUCAUAGGACUAGCGAUUGCGAAAUUACUCGACAACUCGAGGUGCCGGAAUAUUUUCAGCAAAUUGGCUCUGCAAAAAUCCCCCAAGGCGGAGGAAGGCUCACGAAAAGAAAAUUGGUGCUCAAUUUGAAUUCCAACUUUGGGUUUCGAGAAUCGAACUCAACCUAUUGUAUUUGCGUAGAACUCACCUAAUCGAAACGCUCCGAGGACAUGUCAGAGAAGUCAGAGAAACGGUUUUACAUUCGCGACUGGGGGAUGCUGAGAUUUCUAACAAACGCGGUGUUAUCUUCGCUUUAUAAGGUCAAGCCUGAGCGUGGUGGCUAGAACAGCUUUUAUCUUUAUACUAUGCGAAUGGAAAAUAUCGUGCUGUGACCUUUCCGGCCGUUUUAGUUUCCACUGAUGUUCUUCACACGUCUGAGUUAGACCUUUGUUCCGACCCGGAUGGACCGAACACUCCUACAUUCUGGCAAUUUCUCGAUCGAGCACUUUGAAAACAGUACAUGAAGCAGUUGCUUUUCUUUAACCACCUUGUAAGCUAAUUGCUCAGAGCGUGUUUCUUGAUUCCUAGUUACUUGAAUCAAUUUUGUCCGGCAAGUCGGCGCUAAACAGGAGUGCAGAUAUUUUGACUUUAAAAGAAAAAAAAGCGUAUAUCAAUAAUCUGUAAAGUAGCGUGCACUGUGUCCCGUAUACGUGAAAUAUCCGGUAAUCGAUAGAGAGAGAAAGACAGAGAGAUAGAGAAUUGACACUUGCCCUUGUAAGUCAGCAAGCGAGCGCAAGAAAUCAGUGUUGUCAGGAACAAAGCGACGGUCCUGUAAUCGACGUCCGCCGCGAUAACUGUUGUCGCCCGCCUCUGUCCCUCCGAGUGACGUCACGAUGAGUAUACGGUGACGUCAUUUCCGACGUGUAACCUCCUCGACCUCUUCUCGCUUCUCAACGGCGCCAGUGUUUGCGCUUCCCACAUUUUUCGGCGUAGGGAAGCGAAUGUCACGCCGUCGUUCGCACUCGACCGAAGUCGCGAAGGCGAGUCGCCAUGCUCGUCUAAGCCGGGAGGCUUGUGCCAGUUGCUUGUUGUGUAAAGGCGUUCGAAGGGAUUCGCCCCCCGUUUGACCGCCUCGUUGUCGCCGCCGUCGCGUCGCUGCUUCGGUCUUUCGCCGAACGUUGGCGACGCCGAAGUUUGCGGCACCCGGGUCAAUGUGCCGCUGUAACAGUCGCCGUGUGAAUUGCUGGGCACGGUUCAGACGCAGCUUUCGCUUGUCUCGUGAUUGGUCGAUUGAACGGCGCAGCGCAGACGCUGUACAAAGUUUUAAGGGAGAAAGUUUUCUGGGAAGCAGCUUUCUUUUUCACCUCGCGCACACUGAAAGGUUUUGCGUUUUCGCGUUAACGCUUGCGUAAGCACUGUAAUAUGAGAAAUCUCAAUCUGACAAUUCGUAGCCAAGCGCUUUCCUUGUCAUACGUUAGCGCAUACGUUGUUUUCGCGCGGCUUUUCGUGUCAAAGCGACAGUGGCUGUCGUUACGCUAGUGAGUUCUUGAAGUGAAAACUUGCAGUGCAUGUAUUUUUGUCUGUUGUGCAUCAGACAGAGUAUGUGAAUCAUCAGUUGCUACGGAAGCGUGCUAAAAUAGCGUUCGACCCCACGUUGAGCGCCACUUUUGAGAGGCUGGCGAUGCCUUCAUCAAACCUGUGCCGUAAAUUAUAUGCCUGUGUUUCUUGCUUGAAGUCGGACACGUAUCUUGUGGGCGCAUGGGCGAAAGACAGAUCAACUUUGUGAAUCUCGGCACGACGUCAUCGAGCCGUCUUGGCGUGUAACGUACUUGGAUUGCUAUCCCCGACAGUGCUAUUCCGCUACGACGUUGAAUUGAACCAUCGUGUUUGCCCCUUGAUUGGCUCAUAGGACCUCCAACAUAUUGUUUGAGUGCCGCAGAAGGCAUACAGGUGGUUCUAAAACAGGACCGAUUUAAGCCGUGUCUAAGCGAGCACCCCUGCAACGUCAUAAUUUGUCCAAGACGUGUCAUGAUGACGUCGCGCGCGAGUAUGCUGCAGUGUGUGGCGGUGCUUUGUAGAACUUUUGGCGAAGCAGUCACCUUUUCACAGUUUGGCGUCAUUGGGAACUUGUGUGCUUCUGUCGAUCGUCAACCGGCGGUAAUGCACUAUACGCGCGCACAGCCAACUGCUGUGCUAAGUUUUGUUUUAUUACAUGCUGUCUUCUUUAGGGGAAACCGAUCACGAACCUCUCUCACAAGCAACACUGUUUGUCGCACGCCCACACCCUGAUCAACAAGCGUUAGAUGCGUCCGAAACAGACCCACUGCCGUUUCUGCCGCGAACUGUGAAUGUGAUUGCCCAGAUAUUGUAACGCCGAUUCUCUUGUACGCGAGUGUACGUGUUCAUAUGCAUUUCUCAGAAUCACGACUGUUUACUGAAAGCGCGGUGUCUCGAAAGUAAUCGAAGCGACGGACUGCCGGUCUGUGUUCCAGCUUCACAACGAUCAUUUCCAGGCUAGGGCUGGGCAGCGAACUGGCAAGGACGCUUUUACGUAUACGACGGAAAGUCGCUUCAGAUGAUAACCACUUCUAUUCUGCGUUCUCGCCGCUCGUAGAGAGUUUUAGAUGACGGGGAACCUGAGCAACGGGCCUGACGUUUGGUUUCCUCUGUACAGUGCCCCUUCAAGUGCUUUGCGCAUGCGCAAGGUCUCUGAGACCACAGCGCAAACUGCUCCGUAACUGGGUUCACACUCAUCUAUCUUCCUCUCUCUUUCCUCAAGCUUUUUGUGUGGCGCAGCAGGCAAUUCAUAUUGUGUAAACCGCUGCUUGAAAAACUUCACAGGGAGUUUUAGCUCAGCGCAACUGUAGGAUGUCGUUACGUGAGCGGUUUACUGCAUGCCCUGUUUCCUAGCGAUGAAAAUCUGGACACGUAGCUUCUAUCCUUUAGUCGGAUAUGAAGUGUACGCGGCGGAGUAUCGUGAGAUAAUUACGCUUUCCAAAAUUGUCUUAUACGUAAUCUUCCUAGAUGCGAUACGAGUGGGAUUCCGGGAUAGGCAAAUAACACAACCUGAGAUUCCCCCUGGGGCCACAUGCCGAAGACGAGGCUACGUGCCUCACCUUGCCUGGGCAACAAUUUCUAUGUGCUGCCUCAUAACCGGGGAGUAAAUAUGCUCCAAAACUUGCGUUUCUCUAACCCUUCCUAAUAAGCACCUGUUAGCACAAUAUCGGCCUUAAGACGUGCCGGACAUGGGCUAUUUCGUAUUUAUACGCCGAAGUAUAUAUACUGUGCGUGGAGCUCGUAGCACGGAGCUGGCAGUGCGAUCGGAACGCCGUUAUGUUGGAAAGAUUUGGUGAACCGCAAAUAAGCUUCCGCUCACAUCAAAACCUUGCAUUAGCACCGACUAGGAAUCAAAUACGGCCAGGCCUGAAACGUUAAAUCAACCCCGGCCCUAUCCAAUUCCUAUUUCCAAGUAAUGUAACGUUACGACGCGCGUAGAUAUCGGCAAGGCACUAAAGCUCCCCAACAUUCCUGCGUUCCGAACGCACUACCAAACACUCAUCCUACCGGCUACGCGCACUGUAUAGAGACAGUACGGGAAAUUCUUUCGAGUCGAUACCCCGAAGUCGAAGCAGCACAUCCGGCUGCGCGGAAGCUUGCAUUGUUGUGCGGCACUGCUGUUGAACGCACCAGCUGUCACUCUGGAGGUCGCCUACCGCUGCGGAAAACCACAUGUUCGCGCGCGCAAGGACUCGAGAAAGGCUGAAUCGAACGAGCCACGCAUCGCUGCGGCUGUGUAAAGCGACGCUACCUUCUUUUCGCUGGCUUCCUGUCGUACUUUUGGGCUUUCUUUCUUAUCCUGACCUCUUACAUAGGACGUCGGCUCACUCGAAAUGCGACAAGAGUCCGUUCACUCUUGAAGCUUCCGUACAUUUUCUUUUAUUCUUCAUUUGUCGUUUCAAAGUUUGAAAAAAUUAUACAUGUCGUGACAUUCCCUUGCCAGAGAAGCUUGCUUGCCUUCUUUUAACAUUAAUGGUAAUUGCUAACUCGGCUGUCUUUCUAACUUUAGCGUGUUCUUCCUUUCUUAAUUUUUUUCUUGGGCGUGUUGCCCUUGUGGUUUCGGACAAAAGCGAUUAUCACGAGUGUUUCUUCAUUUUCAGUUCCGUAACUAUUCCAAGCGGUCUCUUAGCGAAACCAGAGUUAUUUCUUUUCAACUCGUUUUCUUUUUUCUUUCUAGAAGCUCGGAGCGUUUAUCGAAAUAGGUUCGGCGUCUAAGACACCUUACGUCGUCAUCUUACGUCGCCAGAGGGAGACACUUGCUUCAGGCAGAGUUUCAUUUACCCGCCCUUUAUUUGUUCCGGCGGAGAGGAGCGGUAGGCUUUUCCAGUGAAGUGCAGAAAUUGAAGGUCACAGGACGUUAAUCUUUAAUCGUUGAUUUUCUUACGUGGUCCUCCUGCCUGAAAGACGACACGCACAAAAAAAAGUGUCGGACGAGGAUUGGGAUCGCAAGUUCUAAAGGAAGGACAGAUGCCACGCGUCAUUGCAGUUUCACCUCGCCCACGUGUGUUUUCUCUCUCUCUCUCUCACUUUCAUAGCAAUGCCCCUAGACCUACGUUCCACUGUGGGAUCAUUGUUCCGUGUCAUUACUCGCCCCUUUCAGAGGACUUUUAAUGUGCCAAAACGCGUCUGACUGGCGUAGCUGAGCAGAUGCGACCUGACGUGAUACUGACGUUUUUGUCUGCGUCCCUUCGUUUUUAUGCCCGUGGUGGCGGCAGAGUUAUCUCACUUAGAGGUCACGCGAAACCUGGCUUCCAUUAUGGCGCGACACUUGAAUGACUCGUCGAGCUUUCGGUAGAACGCGUUCUUUCGUCGCUACCUUCUCCAGUUUACACUAUAUCGGCGUGACUCCGACUUCUGCGUUUAUUUUUCUUUCUAUUUGCUAGAAAGAGGCGUUUUACCCUCUCCCGUUCGAGUUUCAUAUGGCCGUCAUAGAGCACCUUUGGCGUAAGCUAUUUGACUCACACAGCGGAGCGUCCCAAAGGCAACACCCACUCGAAUUGCAACUCCUUCAGUUGUUCAUCACUGUACGUUAUUUGUCUGGUUAAUCUCGCACCUUCCACUGCCAAAAAGCUUUCCCUCAGCCCCCCCCCCCCCCCCGACCCCGUCGUUUUUCUUGCUGAUUUGUUUGAGCGAUCACUUUUCGGAGUGUUCUUGCAAAAUGCUUGCAGAAGACAUGCGAGGGAACGCAGCAACAUCGCGAAACCUCAUAAAACAGAGGCCGCAAUUUCGCAAGGUGACUUAGCAAAGAAGAGCCACGUAAGAGGCGAGCACGUUUCACUCGGCGUCCUCACCCAAACCGCCUUGUCCUCCGAGAAUAGAUUCUCCCCUUCGUUCGGCGACAAUGGAACAACUUCUUUCGCGGACCCUUUCCCCGCUGUCCCCCUCGCUCUGCCAGCCGCUGCGAACAUCAGUGCUUGAACAUCUAUGGUCUAUUGUGCGCUCCUGGGGCCAUUGUUACACACCGGUUCCAGCCCAACGUUAGACAGCGGGCAAACGGGAGAGAAACGCAUAACCGCGGCUUGGCCUCCGUGACGGAUGAGAAUCCACUGCGCAGUGCGCCUUGAGAGAGCGAGUUAGGUUGCGAAAGAUGGGCUCGUGCAAACCCAGCUCCCGCAAGUUUAGAAAUAAUGUGAGAGUGAGGCACUCAAUGCCGUCUUCGUUAUCUGCGACGCCACAGACUAACUAAAACGUUCUGGCACUGCUUUGCAUAAUAGGCGCCAGAAGACCGAUCGCUUCGACUGACGAUCGUUCUGUAUAAAAGCUUCAAGUACUCCACCUGGCGGCUCCCUCAGAGAUGUUUAUUUUAACAGUCCAUUGAAAUAAAAUUACAGACGCAUUGUGUUGUGAAGUCUUAAGAUUUUCUAUAUGCAGACUUCCCGUGGACUAACGACAUUAUAAUUUUUUUUGUCGCUUAGUGUCUGUAGAGUUGCCACGAACGACCCGCUCCGAAUUCAGGGGUACACAGUAGACCGAAGGAAACCAGGCGUGUUAAUGCCGCUCAUCUCUGUGGACGGUAUACAGAGGUUACCAAGCCCAUAACAAAGCAGUACGGUCAGCGGGAAGUCUACAGAACGUCUACAGAACGUCUACAGAAUAUAAGGCCUUAUCUUUAUGAAGGCUAUAGUGCUUGAAACAGCGUUGACAAGUUAGCUUUGCGAUUACCUACUCUCAUGCAUAUUAACGAAUCAUGCAUGUCACCGCGCAUUCUCUGCUAUGCAGAUGGCAACUGGAUGACGGCCGUAGCGGUAGCGCUUACGUUUUAAAUCCAUUCUUAAAUAACACGGUAUUUUUUUGUAUUUCUGAUUUUGUCUGAAUCAAAUUGUGGGGCAUGAACUUUGCCUCGAGAACGUUCUCUCAAGUUAUGAAACUAAGUUUAGGCAAUCUAGAUACCCUUCCAGACUUCUAUCAGACUUCAUCGACUUCCUACAGACGUACUAUUGACAAUAUAUCUCACAUAUCUGUUUCAUCCGGUUUAUAUAUGAUCCGCGCGCCUUAAACGAUCUGUUCCUUGACAUUCCAGUGGGUAAACAACUGUCGACAUUAGCAACCCUGUCAUACCGGUCGACAUUAUUAGCCGUGACAUAGGUUCACGUACUUCUUACAGAGUUGAUAGACGUCAUAGCAGCUAGCCUGUAUGAAUAAGGUUCCGUAAGGGGACAAGGCUUACUUUAAACCUAGUUUGCGAUCAAUUUCGUAAGAUGGCGUUGCCUUCGCUGCCCAGUCCUUCGACUUUGCUCGUAUCUCUCUGAAUCGAGAGGCGUCUUGAAUUUCUCGCAUAACAGAUAUGUCCGCUGUGUCAGCGUUCUCGAUUCGUUUGGCCUUACACGAGAGAUAUAUGUACGAUAUGAAUCGUUGCGUAGUUGGUAGGUUUUCCUUUUUCUUUUUUUUUUCAUGCGAGUGUGGCUUCAUGUACGAAGUGUGCAUGUGUGAGCUUUCAUGUUGUUGCUGUUGUUGUUGCCGCUGCUGCUAUUUGUUCGUUUAUGUUGUCUGUUUGCUUGUUUGUUUGAUUUCUUUUAUAAACAUAUGCAUUUUUUUAUUGCGCGUUCGCGUGAGAAAUGAACACAUGUCACCUUCCCACGUCCCCCAAACCUCGACUAUUUUUUUUUUAUCCGCUUCACACAAAGAGAACGAAAGUAUAGAAAGACGACGAUGAAAGAUUGAAGAAAAAAACACGAAAAAAAACGACAAAACACUUGAAACGACUAGAAACACACGAGACAACAUUUCUUGAUAUGACGCAACCGCAGAGAGUAAUAUAUAUAUUUUCUAUGGGUCUGUCCCAUUUGUUGACAUAUAUUUCUAUAGUGGUGAGACGGCGUUCCUUCCACAUCGUACCGGUAUAGUGUAUAUUAUAUAUAAUUAUAUAUAUAUACAUAUAUCUACACAUGGGUAUAUAUAUAUAUACAACUACCUAUAUACAGAAUGCCGUAUAUGGACAUGCAGAAAAGACGUGUUGUUCCAGUUUCUUGGAAGAUAUUUGCUGUUGUCAAAUAAAAAUGUUUCGAAGCUC